AGCUUCUUCCUCCUCUCAAGAUAAAGUCUAGCCGGAUUUUUUUGUUUGCAGGGUAUUAGCGCCAUAUAGACGCCACUCGCACUCGGAUACGGAUUCGGAUUUGGGCUCGGGCUCGUGUAUAUAACCAACUAUUUGGAAGCCUUCGUGGACAUCAGUCGUUCAUUCGCGAUCGUUGCCAACGCGUGCUGAAAGAUGGAUCUCGAGCGCGUCCUGGAAAAGUGUGGGAACUUCGGUCCCUACCAGAUCCUAUUACUGGGUCUCUACGGAUGGACAAACAUUGUGUCCUCUCUACACUACUUCUCACAGACCAUCAUCAGUUUUACGCCCUCGCACAGAUGCUCUGUGCCGUUAAACCAAUAUCCAGGAAACUAUACAGAACUAACAAGUUGCAGUUAUAGAAUGUAUGAUCCAGACAAUAGCUCAUAUUGGGAGUCCAAGUGCGAGGCAUGGGACUUUGAAAAGGAAAGUGGCUACGAAAGCAUCACCACCGAGCUCGGAUGGGUCUGCGACGAUGCCUACAAGCUGGCGGUGGGCCAGUCCUUUUUCUUCAUAGGCUCUGUCCUGGGCAGCAUCUUUUUUGGCUAUCUGGCGGAUCGCAUUGGCCGACUGCCAGCCUGCGUCUUGACCACCUUGACUGGAGCUUCUGGGGACUUCUUCACCUCCUUUGUGAACAAUCUGCCCUGGUUCUGCUUCACACGAUUUGUUUCCGGUCUCUCCACGGAUACGCAAUAUGUUCUCAUGUACAUUUUGGUGUUUGAGUACCUAAGCCCAAAGCACCGCACCUUCGGACUUAAUAUCAUCCUGGGCGUAUUCUAUUGCAUCGGAUUGAUGAUCUCCCCAUGGAUGGCCAUUUACUUGGGUAGCUGGAGAAGCUAUCUCUGGGCCGCUUCCCUGCCAGCUCUGGGAAUGCUGUCCUUCCCUGUUUUCCUCCACGAGAGCGUCGAGUGGUUGCUGACCAAGGGCAAGUUCGACAAGGCUGUUAGCAAUCUUAAGCGCAUUGCGAAAUUCAAUGGACGAGAGGUAGAGGACUCUGUGUUUGAUGAGUUCAUUAAACACUACCGUGAAAAACUGAAAAGGGUGGAGAACAAGUCCUCAGAUACUUUCAUGGGCAUGUUGAGAACACCCAGACUGAGAAAGUUUACCAUAAUCCUCUUGAUUAAAUCAAUGAUCGUGACCAUUGCCUUUGAUAUCCUGAGCCGUAAUGUGGAAGGCGUUGGCAUUUCUCCCUUUAACCUCUUCUCCUACACUGGAUUCUGUUACUUGCCAGCCGGGCUCAUCAUUAUUCUGUUCCAAAAUAAGAUUGGCCGGAAGGGAAUGGCCUGCUCCUCGCUCUUUGUUGGCGGAGUCAUCACGGCGGCCACUGGUUACCUGCUGGCUACCCUCAGUCCGGAGCAACACUCCCUUAUCCUGGCCUUCAUGGUGGGUCUGGGGAGGUUCGGUGCUGUGGUGGCCUACGACGCAGAGGCCCAGUAUGCGGCGGAGAUCAUACCGACCAGCGUCCGGGGCAGAGGAGUCGCCAACAUCCACGUGGUGGGAAAUGGAUUCGGGUUCUUCAGUUCGUACAUCAUUUUUCUGGGCACGAUCUUCAAGCCCCUGCCCUCCAUGCUCAUCAGUGUUCUGCUCUUCAUUGGAGCGGCACUCUGCCUCGUUCUUCCCGAGACCCUGCACAAGCAACUACCUCAGACCCUGGAAGAGGGCGAGACAUUCGCCAAAGGCGAGAAGUGGUACUUCUUCCCUUGUUUCUCGCAAAGACAACAGAAAACCAAAACAGCAGCUAAGCUAGAAUAUGCCAAUGAAUUUACUAAGUAGUUAUAAUGAAUGUACAUAAACAAAAUAAAAUAUAAUUCUCCA